AUGUCGGACCAACCAGAACCUGCAAUGUCUGCAGAACUAAAAGCCUGGCUUCAAGCUGCAAUUGCAGACUCUAUCCCCAAAUCCUUAGCAGCAUUUCGUGACCAGACAGCCACUACUGCCACCAUCUCACAAUUAUCUGACUCUGAUGAUUGCAGGGUCUUUGAUCAUGAUAAAGCCCCACGUAAGCACCCGUGGAAGGGUGACAGUGCUUCUGCUGGCAAAG